CGGCUUUUGACUACAUCUCUCAUGUCGCAGAUCCGUUGUUAAAGCAUUUAGAACCCCAGAAUCGCCACUCAAUAUCAGCACCAUCCAGGUACAUUUUGAAGGCCUUAAUAGAUGUCGCUAUCAUAGCAUCGACGGCCUGCUAGCCCAUCGUUUCUGGGCAUUCCUGUUUCUCACCCUUUCCGCCAAUCAUGGCGGACCAGCCGCCACAGCUCGACUCGGAGCUGGAGUCAUUCCGGCAGCAAUGGCGCUCAGAGCUCAAUACAAAGAAAACUAUACCGGAAUUGCAGACCUCUCAACCCAGACAUAAGGCACCAUCAUUUUCCAAGCCACCCGCCCCCGCAGAGAGCUCGAGGGUCGCGGCCGCAAAGAGAUCUCAACUGGAAGAGGACGAGGAAUAUGCCCGUUCUCUGGUUUUCGAUGAACCAACGCCUUUGCCUUCAGGGCCCAGUUCGGUGCAAUCCGCACCGCAGGAGGCCAAGGAGCUGGUAUCGGCCCUGGACCAUUUUGAGGAAGCCGUGGAGAAGGAGGCCAUUGGGAGUUUGGGCGACAGCUUAAAGCUGUAUCGCAAGGCUUUCAGGAUGGAUAGCAGAGUGGACUUGGCAUACAGAAAGAAGCAUUUCCCCGCCGCCGCCGCGAAAGUGGCUCAUCCGUCAGCGUUGGACGCUCAGGCUGCUGGGCCAACUGCGGCAGGCAAGCCAUCAGAUGCGCAGCAACAGACCAUUGGCGAACUGAUUGCCAGUUUUUCCGGCCUUUCCGUCGCAGCAGCACCUCCGCCCGUGGAGGGAGACCCGGAACCGCCCUGCCCUAUCGCGGAGAUGCCCCAGGAGAUUCUGGUUCACAUCUUUAAGGACGUUGCUGUCCUCGACGUCGGAGACUUUGUUCGCCUUUCGUUAGUGUGCAAACGUUUUGCUUAUGUCGUCGCUACCGAGCAACAGAUCUGGCGCUGCGUCUGCCUGGGUUCAGAAUUCGGCUUCUCUGGGAUGCAUCACCAUUGGCAAAGAGGCGUCUCCUGGGAGCCCCUGGGACAGGAAGAGGACACGACAGACCUGGAGUACGUCACCAUGGAGGAGUUGGCGCGACGCCGCUGGGACGAAAACGAAGCCACCACUUUCGCGCUACUGCCGAAGAUAUACUCGUCGUCGUGGCAGAGCAUGUUCAGACACCGGCCGCGGAUUCGCUUCAACGGCUGUUACAUCAGCACCGUCAACUACAUCCGCCCGGGCCAGGCGAACGCGAAUCAGAUCACAUGGAAUAGCCCCGUGCAUAUCGUCACGUACUACCGGUAUCUCCGCUUCUUCCGCGACGGCACUGCCAUCAGCCUCCUCACCACCGACGAGCCUGCCAGCGUCGUACACUAUAUGACACGUGAGCUGCUCGAGCAACACCGCGGCGCCGCCGCCGCCCACCUGCCGUCAGUUGUCAUGCAGCACGGCCUCCGCGGGCGGUGGCGGCUGUCUUCUGCGCUGGACCACCCGGACGCGCCUCUGAACGAGGCCGAGGGGGACUUGUUCGUGGAGACGGAAGGGGUCGGCGUGAAGUACACGUACAGAAUGUAUCUGGAGGUGCGGAGCGCGGGGAAGGGGAAGGGCGCGCGGAACACGAAGCUCAUGUGGAAGGGCUUCUACAGCUACAACAAACUGACGGAUGACCUGGGCGAGUUCGCGUUGAAGAACGGCAAGCCCUUCUUCUUCAGUAGAGUUAAGAGUUACGGUGUCGGCGAGUGAGUUUUCACUUGAGCGGUAGACGAAUCAAGUCGAGGCCAAUGCGAACCUUCAUUUCCGUCGCCUUGAAGUUCCAACACUCCUGCUGAGCACCUCUCACACCAGCCCCUACUCCUUAUAUCUUUUUCUUACCAUGCACUUCCUCUCUUUUAUCCACUCAUCACCUCCUCGUGCCACUCGCAUCGGCACCUCUCUUAGAUCCCGUCACCCCGGAGAUCUCCACAAUUCGCCCGGCCGCAUUCUCCGGGUCCCCGCUUCGUCCCCGAUAUCGCGUCGUCCGCACCCCCUCGCUGCGGCGCGGAGCCUCCCAAAUUCUAACACGCGUGGUGACAUCGGUAUCGUCUUGCGAAACCCCUUGUUGGCGAAGCAUUUUAGCUCGGCAAGAAGGGCCACGAGACCCUGCUCGACAGAGCCUUGGGAUCUCGUCGGAGCUGGUCCCUAACUUACGAGGGAUGGGUAACAGCUUGUGUUUCACGAGACGAAUCCGUAUGUUUACCCUCGUCUCCUCUUAGAGCCUGCCCAAUAAUCAGCCUACGCCAGUUGCGCAAGGGUGGCAUGGGACGCGGACGACGAAUCACCUCUCUGAAUAAAAACGUGAAAAGCUUACGCCGAGCCCUUCGGCAACCCUUCGCAGAAACAGCUCGAGCAGCCGCAGCGAUGAGCUUUGCAUACUUUGUGUGGUUACCACUGUGGCGGUGACCGAGUUCGAUAGACCAUCUUGCCCGAGGGGCCAGUGAUUUGUAACAAAAUCUAGUUUUCUUGCGAUCAAGCUAGAGGCCAGAUACUAGCCCAUGUGACGCCGACUAGCUGGCAUCGGGCUCAAUUUGGCGUGUUGACAGACACUGUUGACUGCCGUGGGGUUGUGGUGUUUGGAAUUCAGGCGCUGUUCACUUAGGGGCAUACCUUUCAAUCCAUUGGUCGGUCUGCGUAAGCUCCUCGAAAAGCAUGCUGUAGCGCGAUAUGCCAUAGUCAACGCAUGUCGGAAGAUUUUGUCAUGUUUCAGAGUUGAUGGAGGAGUCGAUUGUUCUUUCACCU